AGUUGGCGAUCGGCCCUGCUGGCUGGGGAUGAUGGGAACGGGUGUCCAGCCAUCCAGAGGGUUGUUUGGCUUUGCUCCUCUUUCUCCGUUGGACUUCAGCAAGCCACUAUUUAAUCUGUUUUAUUAUGAGUCUUUUGACGCUCCUGGUCCUUGAAAACAUCUCAGGGCUUUGCAGCCUCUCCUGCGAGCCAUGAGGGACACCGUGAACUCCCAGUACGAUUCCUUCCUCUACUGGCGGAUGCCCAUCCCCGAACUGGACCUGUCUGAGCUGCAGUGCCUCGGCUUGGCCGACGUGGCCGUCUGCAAGCCGAAGGGAGGCUACGGCGGCCUGGCCGUGGGCCGGAAGAAGCCGAGCGGCAGCCUCUCCCAAGGGGAAGACGGCGACGGUGAGGACCAGCAGCUUCUCCAGUUCAACAGCUUCAACUUCUGGAGGGCUCCCAUCGCCAGCGUCAGCCCCCUCGAUUUCGACCUCCUCUGAUUCGGCAACGUCUCUUCAUUCGCGUGGCGAGCGAGAGACCACCCCCCCGCCCCUUCGCCCCAAACGUUCCCUCCGUGGCGUGUCCGUCACAAGCACCCGCGACGCCCUCCCCGCCCUCCCCGUUGUGGUUGUCGUGGCUGCCGUGUGCCGGCCGGCUCCUUCCGAAGCGCCGCUCUGCCUGCCGGUCGCUCUGCCCGUCGGCCGGAAGGUGCUGCUCAAACGCAGGGCGGGCAGCAGCCGAGCCUCCAAGCUCGGGGCCUGGCACGCGCUCCCGGCCCCCGCGAAGGACCCCAGCAGGCCAGGACUGAGGGGGUGCUUCCCCGGGCCCCCCUCUCGCUUGGGCAUGGCACUGGCAGGGCAGGGAAUCCCAGCCAGCAGGCGCUCGGCCGCCCUGGCCGCUCCUCCGCCCGGGAAGGGCCGAGUUUUGCUCCGGAGCAUCCGGGCCUCGGGAGGGAGAGGUGGCGGGCGGCUGGCUUCCCCCCCAGCACACGCGGGGUCCCUCCAGCUCUCCUCUCUCUGGCUCCUGCUGCAGCGCAAACAGGCUAGCCCGGAGAGGGAGAGCGGAGGAAGUCCCCGGGGGCAGAGCAGCGGCCCGGCCAGGUGAGGUGCUGGCUCUUGGAGGCAUGCGGAAUUAAAAUACAAAACACACCCGA